GACGUGUUGUCAGCAACAUGUUAGUGUAUCGAGUCCAGCGGUCAGGAGCGAGCACAGCGCCGCGCGCUCUCGUGUCGCGAUGAAGUCUCCCGGAGCUGUUCUGGUCUUCCUCUCCGCCGUGUUCCCCGGACUGUACUGUGAGGACCGGCCGAGGACGGAUGUGAAACAACCGGUUGUCAAAUGUGAAGCCGGUGAGUUCUUCGGUCGUUACGAAGUGUCGCGGAGAGGUCGCCGAUUCGAGUCGUAUCGCGGCAUGAGGUACGCAGAGCCGCCCGUGGGAGAGUUACGUUUCCAGCCUCCAGUUGCUAUCGCGCAGUACUUGGAUCCAGUGAAUGCCAGCGUGGACGGUCCGGCGUGUCCUCACAGGACUCGCCCCGGAUCAUACGUCAGUGAAGAUUGUCUUAGGAUUAACGUGUACAGUCCUCUCAGAGAGGACAGAAGCAGUCCCCUGCCCGUGGUCGUGUACAUUCACGCCGGAGGUCUGUACUCCAUGACGGCCCGCAGUGACCUGGCGGGACCCCACGUGCUGCUGGACAGAGACCUGGUGCUCGUCACCUUUAACUACCGACUUGGAUCAUUAGGUUUCUUGAGCACCGGCGAUGCUCUGGCACCAGGUAACAACGGCUUCAAGGACCAGGUGGUGGCACUCCGCUGGGUCCAAAGAAACAUAGCCGCCUUCGGUGGAGACCCGACCAGCGUCACAAUCGCUGGCUGUAGCGCCGGCUCUCUCAGUGUACUUCUUCAUAUGGUGUCACCGAUGUCUAAAGGCCUGUUUCACCGUGCAAUAUCAAUGAGCGGAUCUCCGAUUAGCAAAGCUCCUCUGACGACCGAUUUAUAUCAGCUCGCCGUUAAACAAGCUCAGCUUCUCGACUGUCCGACAAACAACUCCAAAAUUAUUAUUGACUGUUUGAAGACUAAGUCCUGGCGGGACCUUGGAACUUCGGUUCUUGGUUUCUAUGAAUUUGCUUUUGAUCCAGUACGUAUUUGGAAUCCGGUUGUCGAAAAAGACUUCGGUCAAGAACGUUUCUUGGACAUGCAGCCGACUGAUUCUAUCCGCGAAAACAAGAUCCAUGCUGUUCCGUACAUCGUGAGCCAGACACAAGGAGAGUUCUUCUGGAUGGCAUUUACCGUUCUUAAAAACAAAACAUUAACGAACCGAAUGAAUUCGGAGUGGGAAUCGAUCGCUCCUAUAUCUUUCUUACUUCCGAGAGAAAACAAAACUUACGCAAAAUACGCAGCAAGAAGACUUCGCACCCAAUAUCUAAAAGAUAAAGAUUUAUCCAAUGAAGAAGAGAGUGUUCAAAACUUAGGUUUGUUAUAUGCCGAUGCGAUCGUAAGUUUUCCAGUGCACAGAAUGUUUAAUCUCAUGGUGCGUCACUCGCCGCAGCCUGUUUGGUACUACGAGUUUAGCUUCGUCGGCAAUCACAGUCACUAUGAGGACCCCGUCACUAAAAAGGCCAUCGCGGCCGCACACCAUGACGACCUUAUAUACCUGUUCUCUCUGAGCUACCGUUUCCCCGCUCUGGGGACGGACGGCGAAGACGCUGCCAUGGCCGACCGCCUCACCGCCAUCUGGUACAACUUUGCCAAAUACGGUGACCCCAACCCCCGCGGAGACAGCCGCGAGUUGUCAGGUCUGCGCUGGCCGCAAGCCACCCCUGGACGUCGCACCUACUUACGAAUCGACAACCAACUGUCCCUCCACGAAAAUUUGAAAGAAGAUCGAAUGAAUAUUUGGGAGAAAUUGUACCCCUUAGAGUACUGACACCUUCAUGACAUAUGUAUCCCUAUAAACAUUAACAACGUGAGACAGGGGAGUUUGGAAUUCGUCGCAAUAUGAAAAAGUUUUCGAGAUACAGACGCUAGCUUUUGGAACUGUUUUUACGAUCUAUAUUUCUAGCAUGCAUUAACACACUGCAAUUUAAAUGUGCUGUCAACGAAAUUAAUGUUUCACAUUUUUAAUGGUAAUUAUAAAAAUAUCUUAAUAUAAAAAAGGUAUAUAUUAACAAA